AUGCGCAGCCAGACUUUACCAGACGAUCAAGAUGCAGAGGGCUCCCAAGAUAAAAAUCCUGAUGGUGGUUAUGGUUGGGCAGUCGUCAUAGGUGCUUUCCUUAUGGUCGUCACCAGUUACGGCACGAGUACGGCAUGGGGCGUUAUGCAGGAUUACUAUGAAAGAGAAAUGUUUGGCGACACGAUACCCGAUGCUCAACUUCAACUCAGUUUUGUCGGUACAUUUGCAUUGAUCUUUGCAAAUGCAUGCGGUCCUUUGGCUCAAGUUCUUCGUUCCAUGUGGGGCACACGAUUUGUCUUGUUGAUUGGCACUUUUCUGAUCGCUAUCGGAUUAAUUAUUGCCGGUUUCUCGAAUCAGAUAUGGCAUCUUUAUCUUACACAGGGCAUUCUGUUCGGUACUGGUGUGUCGCUCAUGUAUGUGACCAUUAUGGCCGUAGCACCUCAAUACUUUGAUCGAAAGCGAGGUUUAGCACUGGGAAUUGUUGCAAGCGGAUCUGGCAUUGGUGGUCUUGUUAUGCCAUUUAUCAUGACGCCUCUGAACCGUAGUUUGGGCGCUGGAUGGACGUAUCGUGUCGUUGGCUUCGUUUGCUUAGGUUGUGACCUCUUGGCAUGUCUACUGGUCAAGGACAGAUUUAAACUUCCCAAGCAACGCAAGAGUUUAAGCGAAAUUAUCCGCCUUGAUGUCUUUAAAGAUAAAAAUUUCUGCAUUUGGUCUCUUGGAGCAUGUGUGCAAAUGCUCGGCUACUAUAUUCCAUACUUUUUCCUCCCAUCUUACGCUACUUGGGUCGGAUUGUCACCUUCCGAAGGCUCGUCGCUGGUAGCUGUCAGUUCUGCAGUUAACUUUGCUGGUCGUAUAGUGGCUGGCAUCCUUGCUGACCGAUUUGGUCUCGUCAAUAUCAAUAGCUUGUUCUUGAUGAUCAGUGGAUUGAGUACGCUGCUGAUCUGGACAUUUGCUUAUGAUUUUGGUACUCUUAUGGCAUUUUCUGUCAUUUUUGGAUUCUUUUGUGGAUCCUAUUUUUCUCUAGGCAAGUACAUAGUUGCUCCCGCUUUACUUCCUUUCUACCUUGUUGAACUCCAGCCAGCUAACGCAAGAGCAAUACUACGCAUAUCAGUGUCCCCUAUCACUUUAAAUAUCCUUGGCAUGGAGCGCUUCCCUAGCGGCUUAUCCUUGGUGCUGAUUACCAACAUCAUUAGUGUUUUUGGUCCCAACAUUUCCUCUGCAAUUGACGGUUCCGCCGGUGCCGAGCCAUUCUUUGCGCAUAAGAUGUUUGCUGGUGUUGCAUUCAUUCUAGGCUCUUUAAUCAUGCUAUGGCUCAAGUUCAGCAUGAAUCGCAAGCUCUUUGCCAAAGUUUGA